CUGAUCUGAGGCAAGUUCUUGCUGGAAAGGAGAAACCACCGUUCAGCGGCUGCCACUGCCCGGAGACAAGCACUUGCUCUCUGCUCGCCCUUCCCUUGGCUCUUCCAGGAACAUGGCCAGCAAGAAAGUGAUCACAGUGUUCGGAGCCACAGGAGCUCAGGGUGGCUCAGUGGCCAGGAGCCUUUUGGAGAGCAAACGUUUUGCUGUGAGAGCAGUGACCAGAGACGUGACCCGACCGAAGGCCCAGGUGCUGCGAGACCUUGGGGCAGAGGUGGUGAAAGGGGACUUGAACGAUGCGGCGUCGGUGGAGGCGGCUCUGAAAGGUGCCUACGGGGCCUUCGUGGUGACCAACUUCUGGGACCACAACAGCAAAGAGAAGGAAGUGUGUCAGGGAAAGCUGGUGGCCGACGCUGCCAAGCGCCAGGGCCUGCAGCACGUGGUGUACAGCGGGCUGGAGAACGUCAAGCGGCUGACUGGUGGCCAGCUGGAGGUCCCGCACUUCGAUGGGAAGGGCGAGGUGGAGGAGUAUUUCUGGUCCAUUGGCGUCCCCAUGACCAGUGUCCGAAUGGCAGCUUACUUCGAAAACUUCCUGACUCUGUGGAAGCCAGUGAAAGCCUCCGGCGGGGAUUACUACACCUUGGCCCUGCCCAUGGGGGAUGUCCCAAUGGAUGGCAUCUCGGUCGAUGACAUCGGACCCAUCGUCUCCAGCAUCUUUAACUCUCCCAAGGAAUUCGUCGGCAAGGCUGUGGGUCUCAGUGCAGAAGCUCUCACCGUCCAGCAGUACGCCGAUGUUUUCUCCAAGUUCCUGGGCAAAGAAGUCCGAGAUGCCAAGAUCACCCCAGAAGCGUACGAGAAGCUGGACUUCCCCGCGGCAGAGGAGAUGGCCAACAUGUGUCGCUUCUAUCAAAUGAAACCGGACCGCGAUGUCAAGCUCACCCGCCGACUGAACCAGGCCGUCAAAAGCUUCAGCCAAUUUAUGUCAGAGAACCGAGGAGCCUUGAAAGGCAUGUGAAGAAAGUCACCGGGGUCUCUGGUUCGGUUCCUCUUUCCAGCACAAGCAAGGCUCCUUCCGCUCUUUCUUCAGAAGGAUGUGUGCUGCGUUUGUGAUUUCACCAAGUAAUUUCGUUCACACAAGUGCGCGGCAAACGUCUCCACCGGCCGCUAAAUCAUUUUGAUUUCCCCAGAACAAAACUAUGCGUAGAGAAAUGUAGGUGGAAGAUGAUGUUUCGUGAACAAGCAUGGGAGUCGGGAAUUCUGUAAUCACAUUUGCUGAAAGGGGUGGGCAUCUGUUUUCUGACUCAGUCAUUAAAUCAUCUAUCGACUUAC